GUCGGAGCAAACACCCUCGCGGGAAUCCAGCCGCCUGUUGAGAUAACAAACUGUGACCACAUAGGAGGCCGCCGACACACGGGCCACUUCAUUCGUGCGUGAGACCUCGAGCAGAAAGGGUCGCUCCCCAGUCUCGAACGUCCCUCGGUGCAUUCAUAAGGACGAGGUCGCUUGGAGAGGAAACUUGGCGAGGGGACAGAAGGGUUGGAGUAGUUUGAUUUACUUGGCUUCAUCACAAGUGCAUGGCCAACCGGGCUCUUCGGGUAGCAAUAGCUACAUCGAUCUUCACAGUGUGCUGGAGCCUGCCGUUCCAGCGGCCGCGCGGCUCCGGCUCCGGCUCCGGCUCCGGCUCCGGCUCCGGUCAGCGCUCGGCCAUCAAGGCGCAGGCGGCGGCGGCCGGCGAGUUCCCCUGGCAGGCACAGCUGCUGAAGCGCGGUUCACACGUGUGCGGCGCCGUGAUCGUCAGCGACCGGUGGCUACUGACGGCCGCCCACUGCCUGUCCGGCCUUGAGCAGCUCGACGCCUACCAGGUGGUGCUGGGCGAACAUGACGUCUCCGUGGAGGAGGGCACCGAGCAGCGCCGGAACGUGGCAGAGGUGGUACUCUACAGCGGACGGUUCGGCCGCAGCCGCGGCCCGCAGGCGUCCCUCCAGAGCGACAUCGCGCUGCUGAAGCUGGACCGGCCGGCCAUCUUCACCGAGUUCAUUCAGCCGAUCGAACUGCCCGAGACCGGCGACGACUUCACUGGUUCUCUGGGCACGGUGGCCGGCUGGGGCGCCUCUGACGCCACCGUCAACGGGCCCAUCUUCCCGCGCGUGCUGCACAAGGUCGACAUGCGCGUGCUCAGCGACGACCAGUGCCUGCUCGAGCUGUCCUUCUUCAACUUCGCUCGGCGCGCCAUGCUGUGCGCGGUGCCACCGGGCGCCAGCCGGCUGUGCUGGGGUGACUCGGGCGGCGCGCUGGCCGUGCGCCGUGCCGACGGGAGACCAGUGCUGGCCGCCGUCACCUCGUGGGGGGUCGACUGCGGCCUCAGCAGCACGCCAGCCGUGUUCGUCGACGUACCCUACCACGUCAACUGGGUGCGUGACGUCAUCGGCGAGACGCUGCUGGACGAGCUGAUGUACCAGCGGCUCUGAAUGGGCCAUCCCUCGGGCUAACUCCCUCAGGAACGCGAUGUCGAGGGACAGGACCAGGUAACAGUAAAGACGGCGUGGCAGAACGGCCCAUGACGAGGAAGACGAACGGACACUGCCGCUGGAUGACCACGAGUCGCCUCCCCCGGGACCACACGCAGAGAAACCGUCCCCUAUCGGCUCUCCGCGGCCGGUCCCCGCGGGGGAGGCGACACAACGAGGAUCUCGCUCACCGCUUAUCUGAUCGACUGGCGUGUCGCUAUUUAUUGCUAUUUAACUAACGAAUGGAUGCGUGGGUGUGCCCGAGGCGGCUGCGUCACGGCGUUAUGACGUCACACCCGGACGUGGCUGGCCCACAUUCCGGGCCGCUGUAAAUGACGUCAUAUCACUGUCUGUGUUUUAUAUAAGCUUGCUGGUCAAGGAUUGGAAUCUUCAGACCAAAUACCUUGGCCUCGCGAGUCUCAAUGUGUUUUUGUACUUCCAGCUUUACACUUGUUCCUAUCUUUUCCAAUAAAAACUAUGAACUUUU